AUGAGGAUAACACACCGUUACGGCAGCGAUUCAGAGCUGGCUUCUUAUGACCACGAUGAGUUUACUCCGUCCCCGGGAUCGGAGGAAAACCCUGACAAGUUCUUAUGUACCAUGAUGAAGUCUGAUGGCGACCUUUGUUACGGGUGUGGAGAUUUGAUUACUGAGCGAUUUCUCCUGCACGUGAAUGGACAGGCGUGGCACGUGGGUUGUCUCCGGUGCUGUAUUUGCCAGAUUGGAUUAGAACGACAGACCUCAUGCUUCAUCAGAGAGGAUAAUAUUUAUUGUCGGAAUGAUUAUUCAAGAGAGUUUGGAACAAAGUGUGCAAAGUGUUACAGAACUAUACAGUCCACGGACUGGGUGAGGCGCGCGCGGGAAAAUGUCUACCAUUUGGCCUGCUUUGCAUGCGACAGUUGCAAACGGCAGUUAUCUACAGGGGAAGAAUUCGCUUUACAUGGGGACAGAGUCCUGUGUAAAAGUCACUACAUGGAGCUUCUAGAGGGCGGAUCAAGUAAAGAUUCUGAGUGUAGUCAGAAAUCAAAAGCGAAGCGUGUGAGAACAACAUUCACCGAGGACCAACUCCAGGUGCUACAGGCCAACUUCCAGUUAGACAGUAAUCCAGAUGGUCAAGACUUGGAACGCAUAGCACAAAUCACUGGUCUCAGCAAGCGCGUGACGCAAGUGUGGUUCCAAAACUCACGCGCACGUCAGAAAAAGCAGCAACAGGGCGGUGAACACACUAGUCCCUCCUCCAACUCCUCCCCGUCCAAACCACACAGUCCCCAGCACUGGUUAAAUGGAUCGGACAGUCAACAUAGCGAUAGCUAUUCCUUCUCAGACUGAAAUUCCACCAUUCCUGAUUAUAUACAGCUACUGUGACGAACAUUGACUAAUGAUGUCGAAUAUUUGAGUAAUCCGCAUGAAAAUAAAACUACUGUCACUGCACAGGAGAUUCAUGAUCUGGAGAACUUUGUGCUAAAUUAUUUUGUGAAAUACAGUAUUUUAGUUUUAUGAGCUGUUGUCUCUAGUCAUGUAUUUAAAUUAUUAAUUUGUUAUUGUAUGCUAUUUUGUUGCCAUAAAUCUUUUGCAAUAAUUUAA